ACAUUACUGUUUUCCGCUUUCCCGCUCCUCCUCCAUUGAAAUCUCCACCUUCUUCUCCUUCUUCGUCUUCUUCACUUAACCGAUCCGCUCUCUUCUCUAUUUAUAUUUUUUAGGGCUUCGUUGCUUUGCGUAGAGGCGAAUCUGAAGUCCGACCCCAGUGAUAAUAAACUUCGCCGGAGAUGGACACUCCUGAGAAGAACCGCAUCUCCGCCGUUUCCUUCCGCAACUUUGAGGAUUCUCCAGUUUUUCAAUAUAUUAAUGAUCUUUCACCCAUAGAGCCAGUAAAGCCACCACGCUCAGAUAAUAUCUUGCACUCAUUGGCUUUUACAUCUCCGUCAUCUCUAUUUAGUUCGCCGCAGUUAAACUCUUACCGAGAUUCCAGAUUUUCCAUCAAAAGGCAUCGUACACUAGAUUUAUCUAGCCCAGUAGUUGUCAUUGGUGAGACUGUCAAAAACUCACCAGAUGCUCUGGAAGCUGUAAAGAUAACUGGUCUGAGUGAGGAGCAGCUAAAGUGUAGACCUGCGCGGUUGGCUAAUGUUUCUGAAACCAAGCCAUUUAAGGAGCAGUUAAGCUUAGCAAUUGAGUUGGCAGAUUCACUUAAAAAUGGAAGGGAGGGAUGUGAUAGUCAAAUGGUUUCCUGUGAUGAAGAACCAAUGGAUGCUGAAAAUGAAAUAGGAAGAAGUGGUGGAUUGAGAGAGCUUUCUGAUGAGUUAUGUAGACAGACUAAUGAUUCACUUGACUUUGAUGCUGGUUCAGAUGGGGUACUUCAAACUGAAGAAAUGGGAACUGUGAGUGUGUUUGGGGCAGAAAAUGCCAUGCUUGAGGUUGCUGGUAUCCAGAACAGUGAGCAACAGAUUCCAAAGAUCACAGAUCCUAAAUUCUAUUCUUUUGCUUCUGAGCCUCUGCAGUUUUCUAUCUGUUGUAAUAACUCAGUGAAUGUAGUUGAGCCUAGAGGUUCUUGCAGUGUACAAAUUUCACCUGGAGCUCCAGAAAUUACUCUCAACAGGUCCUCCAAGGUUGCAGCUAUUGCUUCAAUUGCCGAAGCUGAAUGCAAGGAAGAUACAGGCCUACAGCCCAGUCGCAAGCAACAAAGUGUUCGCAGGCGCUGCUUGACUUUUGACGUGGGAGGCUCUCACAAAAAGAUACCUUUGCGUGAUUCUACGAACGAUCUUCCUCUUCAUUCUGCCUCUAUCAGCAAAGCUCCUAGUCCACAAGAGUGUUUAGAAACCAGCAAACAAGAUACUGAUGAGAUUAUACCCAUACCACGAACUAUUGGCCUGCACUUGAAUUCUUUUGUGAACCCCUCAGUCUCUAGUGACCGCAAAAAAAAAAAAAUCAAUGAUGAUCGGUAUUUUCCUCCAGUUCCUACAACAUUUCAUCAUAAUAUUAAAGAUGAAUUCUCAACUCCUGUCUCCACAAAAAGAGAUUUAGGUUACAGUGAUGUCAAAAUCAUGGAGGCUCCUGAGAGAUCAAUGGAAGGAGAAUCUUUUGACCAACACAUGGCAACAAAAAAUAGGAAAUUGUCUCAAGGACUUGACGAACUUGGUAGCUGUAAGCGCUGUAAAUGUAGGAAAUCCAAAUGCUUGAAGCUGUAUUGCGAUUGUUUUGCUGCUGGUCUAUACUGUGUUGAACCUUGUUCAUGUCAAAAUUGUUUCAAUAAGCCCAUUCAUGAAGACCUAGUUAUAAAAGCUCGUGAAGUGAUUGAAGCUCGCAAUCCAUUAGCUUUCGCUCCAAAAGUGGUCUCGACCUCUGAUUCUGCUAUAGAUUUAUGGGACGAAAACAGCAAGACCCCUGCCUCAGCAAGACAUACAAGAGGAUGCAAUUGCAGGAAAUCAGGCUGCCUAAAGAAAUAUUGUGAAUGCUAUAUGAUGGGCGUUGGAUGCUCCUCGAACUGCAGAUGCAUGGGAUGCAAGAAUAAUUUUAUUCACAAAAAUGAGAAAUGUGAGGGAGAAUCUGAUGCGGUUACAAUCAAUGAUGAAGCUAAAGAUAAUGAUGAUCAUGCCGAUGCUUCAAGCCAAAAUGAAGAUGCCUCAAAGAGUGAGAGAAGGAACUGUGUGUUGCUCCAAAGUCCUGUAGCAUUUCGUUCCUUAGCAUCACUGCGAAAACUGUCUGAACUCUGAUACUGAUUUCUCAGAUACAGCAUGUGAAGAACUAGGAGACUCGUGUUGUCUAUCGGCCACGAAUCAAUCAAUUAAAAUCACUGUGAAAAGCUCUACGUCUUCUGCUGUUGCUCGCAUGGGUUUUGUUUGAUCUCACUUCCAUCUGUUACUUCCAAGUUUGGUAGGUGUAUAUUUUAAGAUAAUAUAUGUAUGGAAGAUUUUUGCUUAGGAUGUGAAUGUGUGUUUGUAUUGUUCUGCUCUUCUAUAAUUAUGUAGUCUUUGUUUUUCACUGAAGAAAGGUUUGUACUUUGUAGUGACUCGAUAUAUGUUAGCAUUUAUUACGGAAUUAAAUAUUAUCAACAAUAUCGUGUAAA